AUGUCGGCCGAGGCUGCGGCGCUCGGCGAGGUGUACCGACGCGCCGCCACCGACGGCGAGCUCCUCGAGGAGGGUGUCGAGCAGCUGCUGCGCCUGCUGCAGCCGGGGCCGGGGGCUGUCUUUUGCGACCUCGGCUCUGGGCGCGGCGAGGCGCUCCUGCACGUGGCGGCGCGGGGGAGGUAUCGCGGCUGCAUCGGUGUCGAGCUGCUCGAGGAGCGGCACAGCACGGCGGUGGGCUCGCUCGCCGCCGCGGUGGGUGACGGGCUACUGCCGUCCCCCGUGCGGCUCGUGCGCGGCGACCUCACCGAGUUGGGGGCGUGGGUGGAGCGGGAGAGGGCGGAGGCGGACGGGGCGGAGGCGCCGCGCCGGUGGAGCGGCGAGGCGCGGGACGGCGAGGAUGGCGAGGCGGUGCCGCUGCGCGACGUCAGCCACGUCUUUGCCUGCUCGGUCUGCUACGACGACGUGCUGCUCCGCUCGAUGGCGACGGCGCUCGGCGACGUGCGGCUCUUCCCGCGCUUCCAGCUGCUCGUCUCGCUGCGCGCGCUGCCUUCGCAGCCGCACCUCGUGCAGGUCGGCGAGGUGCAGCUCGUCACCUCGUGGAACGGCGGCGCCACCGCGCGCGUCUACGUGCCCACCGACCUGCUGGAGCGGCCCGACGACGCGUUGCCGCUGCCGGCCCUCUCGCAGCUGCUCUGCUCGGGCGGCGUGUGCACGCUGCCAUUGGGACUGCAGUGGCCGAGGGACUCGAUCGUGCCACUGCCGCGUCUUUGA